AUGACAAAUGCACAUGGCGGCUCCAUGUUAGUGGAGCUAAAUGCACACAAUGCCUUGCAUAAACCCAAAUUCGAAACGUUAUCGCAUUAUGAACCCCCAUUUAUUACUUUCAACAAUGAGGACGAUGAUUUCAACCUUGACCAUAAUCACAAUUACGACGAUAGCAACAACAAUAAUGCCUCUCCAUACAACAUGUCCCCAUGGAACUACCAUCCCAACACCUCUUCUCCGAUCAAAAGGUCUCCUUGGUCAUUACCCAACUCAACUGCAAACCACCACAACGAAGAUUACCCCCCUGAAACAGAGCUCAUUGGAUCCCUCGUUCGUGAAACAGGACACAUAUAUUCUUUAGCUGUUUCUGGAGAAUUGUUAUAUGCAGGCUCCGAUAGUAAGAACAUAAGAGUUUGGAAGCAUCUAAAGGAUUUCACCGGUUUCAAAUCAAACAGUGGUUUGGUCAAAACCAUAGUAAUCUCUGAUGGCAAAAUUUUCACUGGCCAUCAAGACGGGAAGAUAAGAGUAUGGAAAGUUUCAUCCAAGAAUCCAUAUAACUACAAACGUAUAGGGAGCUUGCCCACGUUUAAAGAAUACGUGAAAUGCUCUAUGAACCCAAAGAACUACGUUGAGGUUCGACGAAACAAAAAUGCAGUGAAGGUGAAACACUUUGACGCCAUUUCGAGUCUAAGCUUAAACAAGGAAGAGGGGGUGUUAUACUCUGGAUCGUGGGACAAGACGCUCAAAGUGUGGCGCUUGGCGGAUUCAAAAUGUUUAGAUUCUAUCAGUGCACAUGAUGAUGCAGUGAAUGCAGUGGUAUCGCUGCUUGAAGGAAGCGUAUUAACAGGGUCUGCGGAUGGGACAGUGAAGUUAUGGAGGAGAGUGAAUGUGCAAAAGGGGGAGAAAGAGAAGAAGUCAAAACAUGUGUUGGACCGGAUUUUGCUAAAGCAAGAAAAUGCUGUUACAGCGUUGGCAGUGAAUUGCAUGGCCACAAUAGUUUAUUGUGGUUCUUCAGAUGGGUUAGUGAACUUUUGGAAAUGUGACCAUAAAGGUGAGUACUUGCAAGGUGAUGUCUUAAGGGGUCACAAACUUGCCGUGCUUUGCCUUGCCACAGCUGGGACCCUCAUAUUCAGUGGCUCAGUGGAUAACAAUAUAUGUGUGUGGAGGCACAAUGAAAAUGGGUUUCACACAUGUCAUUCAGUUUUGAUAGGUCAUACAGGACCUGUUAAGUGCAUUGCUGUGGAGCAGCAACAUCCACAAUCAGAAAGGGAACAAGGGUGGAUUGUGUAUACCGGGAGCAUGGACAACUCAGUAAAGGUGUGGCAUGUGUCUGAACAUGUGUCAGAGGUGGGCACAAUCCAAUGCAAGACCACUUUGAAUCAUUUUGAUUCUUCGUGUUCCUCACCAAGAACAAUGAGUGUUAAUUCUUCCAUAUCAGAAACAUAUUAUUCCUCCCCACGAAAGUCUAUUAUAAGCCAUGAAAACGACUUUGAUAACCGUAAUAGUGAUGCUACUAUCAGCACUUUGAGUGACAACAAUAAGAUUUGUGAUAAAGAAGAGAAAUAUUACAUUUCGGGUGACACUCAUGACAACAUAGAUGAUAAUAGCAUGAGAGUCAUUGAUUAUGGGAGGAACAAACAAAGUAGCAGUGAUGUUGCUAAAAAUAAUCAUUCUACAAAUAAUAAGAUUAAUACUAAAAGUAUUAAGAAUGACCUUAAAAAUGUUGAUGAUAGUAAGAAUGACAUCAAUGACAUUAAAAGGGUAAGUGAAAACAUUGACAUUAUCGGCAACAACAAUGUUGAUAUUGGCAUACACAUUAUGAAUGACAACAAAAAUCACCGCACUCAUGGUCUUAAAAGUAACAACAAUGGUGACAACACAGAUGUAAGCAAAAAGAUUGACAUUAGCAACAACAAUAACAAUGUCGAUAUUGGUAAAUACAAUGACAAUGACAACACAAAUUACAAUAUUAAUGGUCUUAAGAGUAGCAAUAAUGGCAAUAACCGCCAUAACAAUGGUGGUGCUCAUGUCAAUAACAAAAGUAGUUGCAACUUUGAUAGCACAAAGAGUAAAGACAUUAUCAUCGACAGCCAAGACAAUGACACUACUAAGGACAUUGAGAAUGACAACGACAACAAGUGCAACAAAAGUGUUAGAAUUAAAGCCACUAUCACUAGAAGCAACAACAACAAUAUUGGUGAUGUUAAAAUCAAUGGAAGCAAGUGCAACAAUGUUGAUGAUGUUCGAAACCUUGAGUAUGGAAAUAAAAAUGAACAAAUAGAUGAAAGCAUUGCUAAAAGUAUCAAUGAUCACAACAAAGGAGCAUAUAUAUGCAACUACAACAAGAAUUAUAACAAUGGUGACAAAAGCAUUGACAUAGGCCUCAAUCACAACACUAAUGCAGGUAAAAGCAUUGACCAUCAAAUUAACAAUAUGAACUAUGAUACUGCUUAUGCAAAUGGAAAUAAUAUAUGCAAUAGUGAUAACACUAAAAGCAGUGACAAUGACACUACCAACAAAUAUCAUAAGAAUGUUACAAAUAAUAUUAUUGUCGGUAGAGACAAAAAUUGCAACAAUGAUAUUUCCAAAAGUAGUGUCAAUGGAAACAACAUUCAUACAAGUGCUUAUCACAUUGAGAAUAAUAUUCAAAAUAGUGACAAUGCCAAAAACAAAAUCGACAAAAGGAAUAAUAAAACCUUUAUGACUGGUGACAACAACAUCUAUGACUCUAAUGAUUCUCAUGUGAAAAACAUAUCUUCUAGUCAUGAUACUAAAAGAGUUGGAAAUGGUAAGAAGAUUAUGAAAGAUGAAAAUUGUAAGAGUGGUGAAAAUGGAAACAACAUUCAAGCAUGUACUUAUCACACAGAGAAUAAUAUCCAAAAUAGUGAUGGUGUUAAAAAUGGAGAAAACAAAAGGGACAAAAGAAAUAAAACAUCUACAAGUGGAGACAACAAUAUAUAUGAUUGUGAUAAUUCUUUUGUCAAUAACAUCUCCCACAAUCAUGAUGCUAAGAAAGGUGGCAAUGAUAAAAAAAUUAUGAAAGAAGAUAAUUUCAAGAGUGGUGGAUAUGGAAACAACAUCCACACAUUUGUUUAUCACAAUGAGAAUAAUAUUCAAUAUGGUGAUAGUGCCAAAAAUAGAGAAAAUAGAAAUGACAUAAAACAUAAAACUUUUACAAGUGGUGACAAUAAUAUAUAUUAUUGUGAUGAUUCUAACAUUAACAACAUCUCCAACAUUCAUGAUGCUAAAAAAGAUGGAAAUUUUAAGAACAUUAUGAAAGAUGAUAUUGCUAAGAGUGGUUGCAACAAAAAUAACGUUUAUGUUAGUCUUCAUCACUAUGAGAAUAAUACCCAAAGUAGCCAUGGUGCUAGAAACGGGGAAAACAAAUCGGACAAAAUAAAUAAUAAAACAUUUACAAGUAGAGACAAUGAUAUUUAUGGUUGUGAUGAAUCUUAUGACAACAUCUCCAAAAAUCAUGAUGCUAAAAGAGGUGAAAAUGACAAGACUAUGAAAGAUGAUAAUUCUAAGAGUGGUGAUAAUGGAAAGAAUAUUCAUGCAAUUUGUUAUCACAAUAAGAAUAAUAUCCAAAGUAGUGAUGUUGAUAAAGAUGGAGAAAAACAAACAAACAAACAAAAUGAUAAAAUCUUUCCAAGUGGUGACAACAAUAUCUAUGAUUCUGAUGAUUCUUUUGUCCACAACAUUCAUGCACAUGCUUAUGACAAUAAGAAUAACAUCCAAAGUAAUGAUCAUGCUAAAAAUGGAGAAAAAAAAAGUGAGAAAAGAAAUAAUAAGACAUUUACAAGUGAUGACAACAAUAUCAAUGAUUGCGAUGAUUCUUUUGUUAACUACAUCUCCAACAAUCAUGAAGCUAAAAAGGGGGGAAAAGAGAUGAAGAUUGUGAAAGAUGAUAAUUAUAAGAGUGGUGGCAAUAGAAAAAACAUUCAUGCAAAUGCGUAUCACAAUGAUAAUAAAAUCCAAAGUAGUGAUGGUGCUAAAAAAGGAGAAAACAAAACUAACAAAAUAAAUAAUAAAACCUUUACGAGAAGUGACAACAAUAUUUAUGACUGUGAUGAUUCUGUCAACAAUAUUUCCAAAAAUCUUGAUGUUAAAAGAUGUGAGAAUGACAAGAAGAUUAUGAAGGAUAAUAAUUCCAAGAGUUGUGGUAAUGGAAACAACAUUCAUGCACAUACUUGUCAUAAUGAGAAAAACACCAAAACCGAUGAUGGUGUUAAAAAUGGAGGAAACAAAUCUAAUAAAAGAAAUAAUAAAAUCUGUAUGAGUGGAGGCAAUAAUACAUACAAUUUUGAUGAUUCUUACGUCAACAACAUGCCCAAUAAUGGUGACACUAAAAGAGGUGAAACUGACAAGAAGAUUAUGAAAGUUGAUAAUUUUAAGAGUGGUGGCAAAGGAAACUACAUUGAUGCACACAAUGAGAAUAAUAUCCAAAAUAGAACCUCUACAAGUGGUGACAACAAUAUACAUGAUUAUGAUGAUUCUAAGUUCAACAACAUCCUAAUAAAUCAUGAUGUUAACAAAGGUGGAAAUGACAAAAAGAUUAUGAAAGGUGAUAAUUCUAAAAGUUGUGGUAAUGCGAAUAACAUUCAUGCAAGUGUUUAUCACAACAACAACAAUACUCAUCGUAGUGAUGAUGUUAAAAAUAGUGAAAACAAAACUAAUAAAAAGAGUAAUAAAACUUUUACAAGUAGUGACAACAAUAUCUAUCAGUGUGAUGAUUCUUAUGUCAACAACAUGCCCAACAACCAUGAUGCUAAAAGUGGUGGGAAUGACAAGAAGAUUAUGAAAAAGGAUAAUUCUAAGAGCAAUGACAAUGGAAACAACCUUCAUGCAAGUGUUUAUGACAUUGAUAAUAAUAUUCAAAAUAGUGAUAGUGCUAAAAAGAAAGUUGACAAAAGGAAUAAUAAAACUUUUAUGAGUGGUGACAACAAUACCUAUGUCUAUGAUGAUUCUUAUGUCAAGAACAACACCAACAGUCAUGAUGCUAAAAGCGAUGGAAAUGACAAGAAAGUUAUGAAAGGUGACAAUUCUAAGAGUAAAGGUCAGGGUGGUCACAAGAAUGAUGAUGCUAAAAUUAGUGGCAAUAACUAUAAUGCCAACAAUAAUGGUACUUCAAAGAGUACAUAUCACAGUGGUCACAUAUGCAAUGAUGUUUAUGCCAAUAAUAUUCCCAACAAUGAUGAUGACACUAAGAAUAAUGACAAUGGUAAUUACAUUCGCAACAUUGAUGGUGUUAGAAAUGGCAAUAACAACAACAAUAAUAAUGUCAAUUCUAAGGACAACGGAAAAGGAAAUAAUAAUCAUAAAAGUGUUUACAACAAUGGGAAUGUCAUUUGCAAUAAUGAUGGUGUUAAAAAAGUUAGCAUUGGUAAUCACAAGGGUGAUGAUGGUAGUUCUAAAAGAGGUAACAAUGAUAACAACAAUCACAACCUUUAUGGCACCACCAACCCUAAGAAUGAUGGUGUUAAAAGAAAUGUUAGUGACUAUAAGAACUUAAAAAAUAAUGGUGUUUGUGGCAACAAAAGUAAUAGUUACACUGAUAAAAGUAAUUCCUACAAGGAUGAGCUCAACAAUAAUAGCAUUGGAAGCAAUGACAAUGGCCACAAUCUCAAUGACUACAAGACUACAAGCAAUCUCAAUAACAAUUCCAACUAUAGAAACAUCAAUGGUUCUAAAAGUGUUGAGAACAAUAUCAAUCAUAAUCAAGAUCGUGCUAAAAUCAAUUAUGAUGCCAACAAUAGUAAAAUCAAUGGCAGUCAUAGUCACUCAAACAAUAAUUUCCAAAACAAUAACAAUGAUAUCGGUGACAAACGAAACAAGAAUGAGAGACAUUUGCAAAGUAGAAAUCAAUGUAAUUAA